AUGUGCUACACUUGUGAGCGUUUGGGGCACUUCUCCAAUCGUUGCCCGGACAAGCCGCGUCGCCCCAAUGUGCGUCGUCCAGGACCAUCUGAAAGUUCGUCAUCUCAGUCACAAUCGGCCAAACCACUGGGCUCGUCCAAGCGUGACGAAGUAAAGCUAGUGACUACGGCGCCGUCGUUCGACUCAUCGGAUGACUCCGACUUCUCAUUUGCGGUUUCGUCCUCGUCGUCGCGUCUUCCCGCGCAGCUUGAGGCGAACCGAAUGCCAAUUUUGGUUGGUGGCGUGCCAACCAGUAUGUACGUCGAUUCAAUGGCCUCCCGCGCUCUCUUUGAUGCAUCCACCUGGCGCUCCUUGGUUCAGCAGGGCGUUGUGUUCUCGGAGGCAGUAGUCUCGCGAAAUCUGUUUCCCUAUGGUCAAACGCAGCCUCUCAAUGUGGAUAAAGCGGUGGUCGUUGAGUUUCGGUCCGGCUCCAAAUCUGUGACGGCGAAGGCGUACGUGCUGGGCGAGUCUGAAGGACGCUGCGAAGCAAUUCUGGGUAGCAAGGUGGCGAAGGAACUUGGAGUUCUUCGCGUUGGUUGCCCUCGCUGGACGUCGCGCGCAGCUCAUGAUGAAGCCAUCUACAGCUUAGUGGCCCAAAAUAGCGCACACGUCAAGCCUGCAACGG